AUGGGUAACUUGAGCACCAGUUCGAUUCAUGCUGAUGACUUUUUGAACAGGGUGACUGACGUUGCGCCUCCAAUCAAUGUUUCCACUACCUUUCGGUACGAUAACGACAAGCUUAUUCCCUCAGGAGAGGUUAGCGGAUCGAUUGAGACCGACAAGCCGCCUGUUUACUCAAGAGAAAGUCACCCUAACGCAACUCGUGUGGAAGCUGUACUUACAUCAGUGCUAGGAGGUCCGUGCUUGGCAUAUGCCUCAGGGUUGUCGGCCUACUAUGCAAUUCUGACCUACCUCCGCCCCAAGAAGCUGUUCAUAGCUGAGUGCUACCACGGGUGUCAUCUCGCAGCAGAAUUAUUUUCAAAAGUUAGCGGUAUGCAAAUCUUGUCCUUCGAGGACAUUGAUCAAGAGUGCAGUGCUCACGACCUGGUGCACAUAGAAGAUCCGAUGAACCCUUUCGGCGAGAGUUGCAAUGUUGUCAAGCUCGUGAAGAAGGUCCAUGCAAAAGGCGGACUUGUAUUGAUCGACUCAACCUUGGCUCCUCCUCCAUUGAGGAACCCCUGGGAAUUUGGCGUGGACAUUGUCAUGCAUUCGGGGACAAAGUAUCUGGGUGGUCAUUCUGAUUUGCUCAGCGGGGUCUUAUGCUUCAAGGAUCCAUCAUGGGCGGCUGAAAUAAAAAUGCAGCGGAUGAUUAUGGGAACAAUCCCAGCCAGCUUGGAAAGUUUCCUGCUGCUACGUUCACUGCGCACCCUCAAGGUAAGAGUCAAGCAACAGUCCGAAAACUGCGAGGCGCUUGUCAAACAUUUGGCAAACCAUGCUGGCGAGGUCUCUGGAGUACUAGCUCAUGUACGUCACGGCAGCUUGCAACCUGAAGAAUACGUAAAGGAGUUGAAUCAAGGCGGCUACAGUCCUGUGUUCUCUAUCAUCUUGAAACACCCCGAACAGUGUAAAAAACUGGUCAAACGUGUUCAAAUUUUCCAGCACGCCACGUCACUGGGUGGCGUGGAAUCGCUAAUAGAGUGGAGAUCCCUCAGCGACCCAUCCAUCGACAAAGGACUUUUGCGGCUGUCGGUCGGGCUGGAGGACAUUCACGAUCUCAUAGCUGACCUAUUUGGUGUACUUAAGGGUUUACAGCGUGAACUUGAAGAGCAGACAGAUUAA